AUGAGUAAUUCAAAGGUGCUUCUCUUCUUCUCCCUUUUCUUUUUCUUCAUCUUUGUUGCUUCUUCCUCUUCUUUCAAUGCCACCACUCACAAAUGCUCUCCUCAACAGACCCUUGAUUUGCUUCUCUUUAAACAAAACCUUUCCUCCAUCAAUUUCUCAUUCGGUUACCCCCCAUAUUAUUCCCCAUGCCAAGAUUGGCUUGGUUCUCAUUAUUAUUAUCCAAUCAUGAUGAACUGGAACAAGAAUACAGAUUGUUGCAAGUGGAAUGGUGUCACUUGUAACCACUUCACGGGUGAUGUUAUAAGCAUUGACUUGAGUUGUGGAAUGCUACAAGGUAGCAUCCACCCUAACACCACCCUCUUUCGCCUUCCUCAUCUCCAAACACUUAACCUUGCUUACAAUGAUCUUACUGAUUCCCAACUUCCACAUGACUUUUCUAAUAGUCUCACACAUCUCAACAUCUCUCGAUGUUGGGUUUUACCCACUUAUCUUGAUCUCAGUUCUUCUCUAAAAUCACUCGAUCUUAGCUACACUGGUUUGCAAGGGAAGUUACCUGAUAACAUCUUGAAUCUUCAAUAUUUAGAGAAACUUCACUUGAGAGGCAAUUCGUUUGUCACUGGUCCAAUACCCAAAGUCAACAUGAGCAUUAACGUCCCUCUCAAGUGGUUACAUCUCUCCUUCACCAACUUAUCAGGAGAGAUACCUGACUCGAUUGGUCAUCUCAAAUCUUUGAGCCACUUGGGUCUCUCUUCAUGUGGUUUAGUGGGGUCCCUUCCUAAAUCUCUUGUUAACCUUAAGAAUCUUACUACUCUUAAUGUAGAAGGUAACAUGCUUAAAGGAACGUUGCCUUCUUUAUUGUUUACUCUUCCAUUGCUAGAAAACCUUUAUCUUGGUAAUAACAUCUUUACUGGAGGAUUGGCAUCAGAGUUGUUCAACUGUCGAUCAUUAAAGAGAUUAUCCCUUGACAACAAUCAGUUGGAAGGGGAGAUUAAUGGAGGCUCCACAUCACCAUCAAUUAUCCAACUCGUCAACCUCACUCACCUUGGCCUUUCAUCAAAUAAUUUCACAGGUUUGUGGGAGCUUGAAGUAUUGCUAUCAAGCCUACCAAACCUUCAAUUGCUUAUGCUAUCUGAUAGUGGCUUAUCUGUUGUCUCCGACAAUUCUUCCAGCUAUGUCAACCCUGAAUUCUCCUUCUUAGGUUUGGCAUCUUGCAGAUUAAAUUUCUUUAGUGGUGUGAUUCCACAAUGCUUGGGAGAUAUCAGCUUCUCUCUAGAGUAUUUGAAUCUCAAGUCCAAUCUGAUUCAAGGAUUCUUCCCUCCAUUAAUUUGCAACCUCAGCGCUCUAACAUUUCUGGAUAUGUCUGAUAAUAAUUUUGGUGGAGUGAUUCCACAAUGCUUGGGAAAUGUCAUCUCCUCUCUUUUGAUGGUAGAUAUGGGGAACAAUCAUUUCCAUGGCACUAUUCCAAAUGUGUAUGAAGAGUGUGGACAAUUAGAGGGGCUUAUUUUCAAUGGAAAUCAAUUACAAGGAGAAAUCCCACGUUCCUUGUCCAAAUGCCAAUACUUGAAGGUCUUAGAUCUGGGGAACAACCAAUUAAAUGACACAUUCCCCGAAUGGUUAGGCGAUCUCCCAAUGCUGCAAGUUCUUGCCCUUAAAUCAAACAAGUUACAUGGUCUCAUUGAAACCCCAUCUACAAUUAAAAGUGCAUUUCCAAGCAUGAGAGUUCUGGACUUAUCUCAUAAUGAAUUUGCAGGCCAUCCUCCACGAGAGUAUUUACGAAAUUUCAAUGCCAUGAAGAACACGGUAAUGAAUAGCACAAAACCAAAAUCUUUUCCAGUGGGUGGAAAUUAUUACUCCGUCAGUGUGGUGAAAGGCUUGGAGCAAGUGAUUCCACAAAUUUUGGUUGAUUAUGUAAUUUUGGAUCUAUCGAACAAUAAAUUUGAUGGGGAGAUUCCGAGCGUAAUCGGUUACCUUACUUCACUUAAGGUGCUUGACCUAUCCCACAACAGCCUCACGGGUCGAAUUCCAUAUGUUUUAGGGAAUCUCUCGGAGAUUGAAUACUUAGAUCUAUCUUGGAACAAACUCAACGGAGAGAUCCCUAGAAGCCUUGCAGAAUUGAAAUUUCUUAGAUUCUUAAACCUCUCGCAAAACCAUCUUAUGGGACGUAUUCCAUCAGGAACACAAUUCGGUACAUUUACCAAUUCAUUUGGAGGGAAUCCAGAACUCUGUGGUCUUCCGUUACCCAAAAAGUGUGGGCAUCCAAAUGAAUAA